CCGGGCGGCGUGCGUCUGCGCAGUGCGGGUCUGGGGGGGCCGGAGCGACGUGUGUGCGUGCUUGCGUGCGUUCCCGUUUAGUCCGUUUGUGGUUUGGUCGUCCCCGGCGCGGAAUUGCUGCCGAAGGGGCCGAGUCUUUAAAAAAAGAACAUAAAAAUGGCUUCAAAAAGAGCUCUGGUCAUCCUGGCCAAAGGAGCAGAGGAGAUGGAGACAGUCAUCCCUGUAGAUGUCAUGAGGCGAGCUGGAAUUAAAGUCACCAUUGCGGGUCUGGCUGGGAAAGACCCAGUACAGUGUAGUCGAGACGUCGUCAUUUGUCCUGAUGCCAGUCUGGAAGAUGCAAAAAAAGAGGGACCUUACGACGUAGUGGUUCUGCCGGGAGGCAAUCUGGGUGCACAGAAUUUAUCUGAGUCUGCUGCUGUGAAGGAGAUACUGAAGGAACAAGAAAAAAGGAAGGGCCUCAUCGCAGCCAUCUGUGCAGGUCCUACAGCUCUUUUGGCUCAUGAAAUUGGUUUUGGAAGCAAAGUUACAACACACCCACUUGCUAAAGACAAAAUGAUGAAUGGAAGUCAUUACAGCUACUCUGAGAACCGUGUGGAGAGGGACGGCCUGAUCCUCACGAGCCGUGGGCCUGGAACCAGCUUUGAGUUUGCUCUCGCCAUCGUCGAGGCACUGAACGGCAAGGACGUGGCUGACCAAGUGAAGGCCCCGCUCGUUCUUAAAGAUUAGAGUAGAAAUCUUGAAUCAGAAGUAGAGAAACAGGCCGUUUGUAAUCAUUCUCACCAUGUUCACUUGAAGCAAGACGGGCGGUUGCUGUGCCGAGCAGCCUGGUUGCUGCCCCCGUGCAGAGCUUCCUGCCUGUGCCCGCGUCCCCACAGUCCUGAACCUUGAUGACACAGAAAAUGGCCUUUAGCAGACUACCGAUUGUUACUUUGUUUUUUUCUGGUUUCACCUUGUUUCUGUGUGUGAAGCCAAAUUCAUGAUCAGCUUCACUUGAAUCUGUUAACCGUUGAUAGAGCUACUGAGAUACACGAGCAGUGAGCACAUUUGACAUGCCAAAGGAGGAAAAGUGUAAAAGCAAAGAUUAAAGAAGCUUGUGAUUUUUUUUCCCAUUUGUUAACUGUGUAUCGUUAAUGUGCUAUUAAAAAUACCGACGAAG